GGGUGGAAGCUCAGGUAAAAUAUUAUCUCCUGGGUGCCCAUUAAAAACACCACCCCCGGCGAAGACUGGCGCUCGAGCCUAGCUAUUUAGCACUGUAGUUGGAGGAAAUGCCAAUGCAGAACCCGUAGCUUCCGGGAAGGUAAGCCCAGCUCCCUGGGUUAGUGGGUUGGUGUCAGGCCCUGCGAACCAGCCGUAAAAAAGACUAGCACCGGAAAAUCAACAAGAGAAGAAUGCGAACCGAUACCAAUGGCGACGACCACAGCGACGAAAAGGGACUUGCGAUUGGAAGCGCGGUACGUGGAACUGCAGAUCUCUCAACUUCAUCGGGAGCACCCGCAUACUCGCCGAUAUACUGAAGGACCGCGGGUUCGGAAUCGUAGCGCUGCAGGAGGUGUGUUGGACAGGAUCUAUGGUGCGAACGUUUAGAGGUAAUCAUACCAUCUCCCAGAGUUGCGGCAACACACGUGAGCUGGGAACAGCUUUUAUAGUGAUGGGCGACAUGCAGAGGCGCGUGAUCGGUUGGUGGCCGAUCGACGAAAGAAUGUGCAGGUUGAGGAUCAAGGCCCGAUUCUUCAACUUCAGCAUAAUAAACGUGCACAGCCCACACUCCGGAAGUACUGAUGAUGACAAAGACGCAUUUUACGCGCAGCUCGAACGCGAGUACGACCGCUGCCCAAACCACGACGUCAAGAUCAUCAUAGGGGAUCUAAACGCUCAGGUAGGCCAGGAGGAGGAAUUCAGACCGACGAUUGGAAAGUUCAGCGCCCACCAGCUGACGAACGAAAAUGGCCUACGCCUCAUCGAUUUCGCCGCCUCCAAGAACGUGGCCAUUCGUAGCACCUACUUCCAGCACAGCCUCCCGUAUCGUUACACCUGGAGAUCACCACAACAAACGGAAUCGCAAAUCGACCACGUUCUGAUUGAUGGACGGCACUUCUCCGACAUUAUCGACGUCAGGACCUAUCGUGGCGCUAAUAUCGACUCCGAUCACUACCUGGUGAUGGUUAAACUGCGCCCAAAACUCUCCGUUAUUAACAACGUACAUUACCGGCGGCCGCCCCGGUACGAUCUAGAGCGACUGAAGCAACCGAAUGUCGCCACCGCAUACGCGCAGAAUCUCGAGGCAGCGUUGCCGGACGAGGGUGUGCUCGAUGUGGCCCCUCUAGAGGACUGCUGGAGUACAAUCAAAGCAGCCAUCAACAACGCAGCUGAGAGCACUAUCGGGUACGUAGAACGGAGUCGACGAAACGAUUGGUUCGACGAGGAGUGCAGAGCGGUUCUGGAGGAGAAGGAUGCAGCGCGGGCGGUAAUGCUGCAGCAUGGAAACCGACAGAAUGUGGAGCGAUACAGACAGAAGCGGAAGCAGCAGACCCGUCUCUUCCGGGAGAAAAAGCGCCGCCUGGAAGAAGCGGAGUGCGAGGAAAUGGAACUGCUGUGCCGUUCACAGGAAACACGCAAGUUCUACCAGAAGCUCAACGCAUCCCGCAAAGGCUACGUGCCGCAAGCCGAAAUCUGCAGGGAUAAGGACGGGAGCCUCCUGACGGACAAACGUGAGGUGAUCGAAAGGUGGAAGCAGCACUUCGACGAGCACCUGAAUGGCGAAGAGAAUGUAGGCACGGAGGACCAAGGCAGCGGAGGAAAUGACUAUGUUGGUGCAGCAGAGGACGGGAACGAACCAACUCCCACGCUGAGAGAAGUUAAGGAUGCCAUCCACCAGCUCAAAAACAACAAAGCGGCUGCCAUUUCGGCACCUCCUCCCCUUGAUCCCAGUACAAUCCGCAGAUAUCCCCGGCAUGUUUCCGGAUAUUACAUGGCCACUUGA